GAUUCGCACUCAUCCGAGUUGCCUCCCACUUGUUUUCACCAGACCCAUCCUCUAGCCGCGAGCUCUCGCCAUUGUUAGGGUUCCAAAUUUGCUGUCUUUGAUUAAGGCCUUGAACUUGAAGAAUUUAGUUGAGCUUCCAAGGCGCACAAGUGUCCCUGAGCCUCAGAUUAAACACAAUAUGAGAGCCCAUUUCCUGUGAUUGUAUCGGGUUGAAAGUUUUUCACACAUAUCUCCAGACUUUCGACUGCUCUGUGGUGCUUAUUCGCUCAAAUUUAAGAAAAUUUACACAACCAGCCAUGCAAACCGCUUCGUAUCUUCAUCCGUUCUCUUAUUACUCUGACAGAAGAAGCCUUUUAAAACCAGAUGGGUGCGUUAAAUUACAAAUCCCAUAUUCAAGUCAGCUUGGUAGGAAAGUUCCGCUCACUGGAAGACCUCAGACAUGUCAGUUUCUCAUGCCUAAGCAACAAACCAUAUUGUUUGCAGUUCCCAACACAGAUGAUGGCCACCCUUCUGUCUCUGUGUUAGAAGAUUCAAAUACAAAUCAUGCACCCAAUUCUGAGCCAGAGACGGUGUUGCGCAAAUGGUCACCUCCCAGGUAUAUGUGGAGGGGAUUCUCAGCUCUUAUCCUUGCUGGGCAGGUAAUUGUUAGAACUUUAAGGGGCAAAGUGCACUGGAGAAAUACUCUCCAACAAUUAAAGAGAGUUGGGCCAAAUUCAGUCGGGGUCUGUCUCUUAACUUCAGCAUUUGUUGGCAUGGCCUUUACCAUCCAAUUUGUUAGAGAAUUUACUAGAUUAGGGUUAAGCAGAGCUGUUGGUGGGGUUUUAGCCCUGGCUUUCUCAAGGGAGUUGAGUCCUGUAAUUACAUCAAUUGUGGUUGCUGGGCGUAUUGGAAGUGCAUUUGCAGCAGAGCUGGGAACAAUGCAGGUUUCUGAACAAACUGACACACUGAGAGUUCUUGGGGCAGAUCCUGUUGAUUAUCUUGUGACUCCAAGGGUGAUUGCUACCUGCAUUGCUCUGCCGUUUCUGACUCUAAUGUGUUUUACAGUAGGGAUGGCAUCCAGCGCCCUCCUUGCUGAUGGAAUUUAUGGUGUUAGCAUUAACAUUAUUUUGGAGUCAGCUCGGAGAGCUCUUACCUCUUGGGAUAUAAUUAGUGCAAUGAUCAAGUCACAGGCUUUUGGUGCAAUUAUAUCUAUAGUGAGUUGUGCUUGGGGAGUUACCACUAUGGGAGGAGCCAAGGGUGUUGGGGAAUCAACAACUUCGGCUGUGGUUAUCUCUCUUGUUGGGAUCUUUAUAGCUGAUUUUGUACUCUCUUAUUGUUUCUUCCAGGGAGUUGGAGAUUCAUUGAAGAAUCUAUAAGUGGUUGUUGAUCAGUAUAUGGUGCUACACUCUCCAUUAUUGUUAGUUUUGUGGGCUUUGAUUAAACCAAGAUGAGCAUGGAAUGAAUCAAAAUAUGUGCUUAAUUGGCUGCAUGCCUUUUCAUACUUUAGCCGGUCAGGUGUCCUUUCCACUUAUGCUCCCCUUUUUUUGAGGGGAGUGGUCUGGAAACUGGUGGCAUCAGCAGUGGGUUCUAUAGCAUGAAGUAGUGCUUGUGGGUAGAAUUGAUUAUGAAUAACAUUUUCAAGCUUCUUGUACUCCAUGAUGGUUGUGAGGCAUUAUUUCUAGAAAGAAUAUACAAUAUUUUUCUCUCCCAUCAUUUGUUGAUAUCCAAUGUAGUGAGGAGAACGAUUUUUGGAGUAAAUUUUCAUUGAAGCAUCGUAAAGAUGAUCUCGAAGCACCUCAUUGCUAAGCAAGCGGCUAUGAUUUUGGUGCACUCAGUGUUCAUUGGUAGAAUUGGGAUACUGAAGUCUUGAUGAAGGGUUUUGUACAUCUCCUUUCACUUUUACUUGUUAUUCCAAAUUAACAGUUUGCCUUAUGGUUGGUUAUCCUCACAUAUGUAGUGCUUAACCAAUUGUUUUGCCUUCUA